AUCUAACUGGCUCAUGACUGGCUGUUAAAAAAAUGAUAACCGCCUUCUAGUGAAGUGUGGCGGAACUAUACCUUUUUGAUCUCUACAUCUUGGAGAUGAACUGAAUGAAAUGAAGUUUGAAGUGAAAAGAAAAAGACGUGGGAAAGAAAAAUCAGCCAAGCUAGAAUAGCUAGAAAAAUAAUAAUCUAAACUCAGUUCAAAAUGAAAUGCUGUGUAUUGGACUGCGAAACCACUGCGGAAAAUGUUGUUGAAAAAACUAAACCCGAGGCGAUUACAGUAUCGUUUCAUGACUUUCCUAGUGACACCAAUACUCGGAAUCUUUGGUUAAAAAGCCUCUGCAUUAAAGACCCAUUACCAGAAGAUGCCAAGAUUUGCUCUCUGCAUUUUUUAGAUGAUGAACUGCAACAUAAAGAUGGAAUAACUAAGAUUUCUGAUGGUGCUAUUCCCAUUACACUGCAGUUCUGUACGAUGUGCCUAGAUUCACAAAACAUGCUGUAUUCUAUGACUAAAUACAAAUUGGAAGACAUAUAUAAACACCUAACUGGCAAACCAGUAUUUACUUAUAAACACAUGAAACCAGCAGUUUGCAUGACAUGUUUGGAGUCACUAGUAGAUAUGAACAAAUUCAGGCUGAUGGGGUUGAAGUCUCGUGCAAUACUCGCACAGUUUGGAAUGUAAUUCGGUACAUGAGAACUCACACCCAUUUGUUCCCUUAUAAUCUAAAAUCAUCGCUUUUUAAGUUAAGUGCAUUAGAUGGUCCUAAAAUCUAUGAAGCCUAUCAAUGUACCUCAGUGUUCAUUUCAAAACAUGAUCCAGACAUCAAAUGAUUGGUUCAAUGAAAUGUGACCAUUUAAUUUCGUUAUAACACAUUUGCUCGUAAAUUAGCGCUUAUUUCAUUAAUUUCAAUAUCGUAAUUUUACUUUGCAUUUUACUUUACACUACGGCACAUGUGCCCAUAUUGUACCGUAAUGUAUCAGAAACACAAAAAUGGGUGUUUUUGGUGCAUUUGACUAAAACAAACAUACGCUGGUGUGCGCACUUCGUUAUUUGUGUGUUCAAAAUCUCAUCAUUAAGAAAACAGGGCAAAGAUGCAAAUUAAUUUUCAGAAAGUGUGUUCAAAGUGUGUUUCCUCGCAAAUGUGUUAUAAAACGUCGUAUGACAUACGUGCGUUUUGAUAAUUACAGUCUCUGCAUCCUUACAGCUCAUGACUUCGGUUCGAGCUACAAUAUUGCCAUGGCUGUAAUUUUCAACUUACCGCACUUAUAUCAUAAUUUAUCAUAUAAUGUACUAUACUAUGCACAAAAAUUAAGGGAGCAGAAAAGAAAUCCAAAUUUUUGGGGGAUUUUCAACAGGCUGUAACUUAUACAAAAAUGGUCGUACAGCAAAAAAAAAAAAAAAAGCAAAUUGUAGCUCUAAGUGUUUAGUGAUAAAAUAACACCCACAAAAACCCUACAAAGUUUCAAUUCAAUUCAGCCAACCGUUUUUUUUUCCCCACUUGAUCGAAUUUUUUAAAAAAUUAAAGGAGCAAGAAUUUCGCUCUGAAAAUGUCAUAAUUUUUAUCAAAAAUGAAAAUAAAUUUUUUUUUCAUUUUUCUCUCAAUUCUGUAUUAGUGACUUGAAAAAUUUAAGAAAAAGAAAAAAAAAACCAAAAUUUUUGAGAAAAAAAAAAAUAAAAAUUAUGAUAUUUUCAGAGCGAAAUUCUUGCUCCUUUAAUUUUUUCAAAAAUUCGAUCAAGUGGUAAAAAAAAAACGGUUGGCUGAAUUGAAUUGAAACUUUGUAGGGUUUUUGUGGGUAUAUUGAACAGUAAAAGGCACACUUAACGUCAGUGGUUUCCGCAAUAUUUUUGAUUGGGCGCUUGAUUUUCCAAAAAACGACAAAAAGCCCUUUUUUGGAUACUUUUUCAAAUUCAUGUAAUGAUUGAAAAAAAAUUUUUUUUUCAAAAUUCAAUUGCCAAUCCUUGUAGAGAAUUUAUUCAAGUUUUUAAAACCAACCUCAAAAUUUCUGUGCAAUCAUUGGUUGCUGAGAUAUUGGUAAUCAAAGACAAAAUUAUCUUUUUCCAUUCAAACAUCGAUAUCUCAGCGAGAAAUGCUCGUAUCGAGAUUUAAAAAAAACUAAAUUAAAUCUGAAUAAACAAGCUAUCCGGUCCAUAUGGAGGUUGAGUCGAAAUAAUUUUUUCCACGUCCGUAGAUUAAAAAAAAACCAAAAAAAAUUCGAAAAUUUUUUUCACGGUGGUUUUCUCAUGAUUACUCGAAAAAUAUUUUCAAAAAAAAAUUUUCAAACUCAGAUCCAAAAACUAAACACUUAGAGCUACAAUUUGCUUUUUUUUUUGCUGUACGACCAUUUUUGUAUAAGUUACAGCCUGUUGAAAAUCCCCCAAAAAUUUGGAUUUUUUUUCUGCUCCCUUAAUUUUUGUGCAUAGUAUAUUAUAACUCGGUUUUAAUGUAUAUGAAUUUAUUACACUCCUAUGCCAAGACACAUAACUAUGCUGCAGGCUUUACACACUGUGACUGUGAUGAUCUUUGUUAGUGAAUAUUGUACUUUUUUAGAUACUAUGAUUAGGUAUUCAUAUCAAAAAAAUUCAUUUAUUUCAGUGACUUUAAUAUUUAUUCUAUAAAAAUGUACACUAAUUUGUAAUAAUGGCUAAUUUAUAUCCUUUAGAGAUUUUUGCUGGCAAUGGCUGGAAGGCUGUCAUCCUUAAUAUCUCAACAUUCAAUUACAUAUUUAAUUAUUUAGUUCAUUUUCACAUUUAUUUUGAAAGUAAUGGACCAUCUCUCCUGUAGCAAAAAUCAUACCUGUAUAUUUGUGUAAAACAUACCUUCAAUUUUAUUUCCAUUUAAAGUUAUCAAUGUACAUAGCUAAUAAUAAUGUGGAUAUUUAAGUAAUAUUGUACAUAUUGAGUCGAAAUAAUUUUGCAUAAUAAUUUAGGUGUAAAUAAAUUGUAUGCUGUGGUAUCUUGCUAAAUUUAAAAUAAAAGAAUACUACACUUUUGCAUAGGACAAUAACUUUUCACAUUUUUUAUUUUAAUUUUUUUAAAUAUUUCUUAAUUAUUCAACAUUUACGUACAUAUAUUAUGUACUAACGGACCCACUCAAGCUUCGCUUUGACUAAUGUGAGCUUCUUUCCUACCUACCCUACCCUUAACCUACCUCUCCCUACCCCUACCCUACUUCUACCCUACCCCUGCUCUACUUCUACCCUACCCCUUCCCUACCUUACCCCAUAAAAACUUCCACUCCCCAUUUUAGGGAAGUGUUGAACUAGAAAGAGACAAAGUAGCGUCACUCUCCAUCCUUUCAACUAUCUCCUCUUAAAAAAUCACGUCAAUUCGUCGCUCCGUUUUGCCGUAAAAGACGGACAAACAAACAGACAGACACACAGUUUCACAUAUAGAAUAUUAAGUAUUGAUAAGAUACAUAUUCUAAGUACAUAACAUCAAUACAUAUUAAUUUAAGUGUCUGUCUGUGAUUUUAAAACAACUACGUUUUCGCAACUUCUUUUAAAUAUUUAUACAAAAUUAUAGCACAAUAAAGCUUUUUUAACAUUUUAUUGUGUCUGUUUGCCCGGGCUCUGCAACGGUUGAACCAAUUUAAAUAGGACUCUCACUGAUAGACAGAGGAGGUUAUUGAGCAACAUAUUUACAGGCUACUUUUUAUCCCGGAAAAUCCAUGGUUUCCGGGAUUGGUGAAAAAUUCCGCUAGUAUACUAUAAUAUGAGCGUAGACAUCGAGUGUACGAAUAAAAUUAUCAAGUCUAGGUUCAAGAAUUUUACAUGUAUAAGCUUGUUGCGCUUGCAGCUAAAAAUUAAACGAAAAACUAAUGUGCCUAUAACUUUAAUGAACAGUGUGUGUACAUAAUGUUCUUUGCUAAAUAAAUACUAAAGAAAACCUUUA